CAACAGACCAAAAACAAAAGGCUUUGUUUUGAUCUUCUUGUUUUGCGUCCUCUCUCUCUCUCUCUCUCUCUCUCUCUCUCUCUCUCUCCUUCUUCCAUUAUCGGCAGCCUCUUGAAAAAACUUAACUAAAAAAACUCACGUAAAUAUAGUUACGGCCUUAAUUUCCCAAGAGGGUCUUCACCUUUUUGCCUUGUCUCCCCCUCGGGACAAAAAGAGAGGGACAACCACACUUUAUGUCUUAACUCUCCCUCCCUCUCUCUCUCUCUCCCUUUUUCGUUUUUUUUUUUUUGGAAGAUCGAUUUCAGGCUAAGAUGGCGUUGGAAGCUGUUGUUUACCCACAAGAUCCGUUCGGGUACGUGUCUUGCAAAGAUUUCCUAUUCCACGACUUGUAUUUCCAAGAAGAUCGAGACGGAGACACCAAGAGCAACAUAAAGCUAGGGCAAGAACAAGAACAGGGCUUUGCCUGUAACCACUACACUAAUCACACUGCUGAAAACGAUAAUGAAGACAGCAAUCUCCGAGCAACUGAGGAUCGUCAUCAUCCAUGGCAAGAUCAUGUUCAGUGCCCUCUGAUUCCUUCCUUGGAAGGGUUCGGCCCGCUGUCGAUGGACAACCAGCCUCCGCCGGAUAUUGCUGUCGUGGCGGCGGGUGGUCGCCGGAAAAGGAGGAGGACGAGGAGCAGCAAGAACAAGGAAGAGAUCGAGAAUCAGAGGAUGACUCACAUCGCCGUCGAGAGAAAUCGCCGGAAACAGAUGAAUGAGUACCUCGCCGUCCUUCGUUCUCUCAUGCCUCCGACUUAUGCUCAAAGGGGAGAUCAAGCAUCGAUUAUAGGAGGAGCCAUAAACUACGUGAAAGAGCUCGAGCAUCUCUUGCAAUCAAUGGAGCCUAAGAAGAAGACCCAAAACAGCGGCGACGACGACGACGACACGUCCUCUUUCUCCGACUUCUUCACUUUCCCUCAGUACACUCUCCGUCCGUCGGAGAGUUCGGCGGCGGCGGCGGAAGGGACGGCGGAGAUAGAGGUGACGAUGGCGGAGAGCAACGCCAACCUUAAGAUCCUCACCAAGAAACGACCGAGACAGCUCCUUAAGCUUGUCUCCGCCAUUCAGAGCCUUAGGCUUACUCUUCUUCACCUCAAUGUCACCACUCUCGAUCACUCCGUUCUCUAUUCCAUCAGCGUCAAGGUUGAAGAAGGGAGCCAACUGAACACGGUAGAUGACAUUGCAGCAGCUGUGAAUCAGAUCCUAAAGAGGGUCGAAGAAGAAUCCGCGUUUAGCUAAUUAAGUGUUUAAAUAAUUAACUAAAUUACAUCAUGUUAAACCUAAAUCUUUACUUUAAAAUUUUAAAUAAAAAUAAAUUUACCCUUUUAUCAAAUGGCUCCCCUUUUCUUGUAAGUUGCCUCUCGCGUCUUCUGUAUCAAAUCAAAUCAAUUAUUUCCAUCAUUUUUUUCUUCUUCUUUUCAAUGUAUUUACCUUUUAGACCCAUCCACUUUAAGGGGUUUGGAAAAUUGAAAUUAUAUUUGUUUUAA